CUCUUGCGCCCAGAGGAGGUGGAGAUGUUGGUGUGUGGCAGUCCAGAUCUGGAGAUGAUUGCUCUGCAGAAAGCUGCUCAGUACGAAGGAUACAGCAAGACUGACUCCACCGUACGGUGUUUCUGGGACGUGGUGCUGUCGUUUCCUCUGGAGCUGCAGAAGAAGAUGCUCCACUUCGCCACAGGAAGUGACCGCGUGCCCGUCGGAGGAAUGGCCGAUCUCAACUUCAAAAUCUCCAAGAUCGACGUUCCCACUGACUGGCUGCCAAUCUCUCACACGUGUUUCAAUCAGAUCUGCCUCCCUCCGUACAGAAACAGGAAGGAGCUCAAACACAAACUGACCAUCGCCAUCUCCAACGCUGAGGGCUUCGGCCUGGAGUGACACACACACACACACACACACACACACACACACACACACACACACACACACACACACACAGACACACACACACCCACACACACACACUGGUGGAUCAGAUUGUGGCGUUUUACAAUGCGUGCUUUUUAUUGUCAGACAUUAUUAUUAUUAUGGGCUGUAAUGCAGUGUGUGUGUGUGUGUGUGUGUGUGUGUUUUAUGUGUCCGUGUUGCAGCAGAUAAGGUGGUUCCCGUUGCAACAUCUACACACACACACACGAAAAUGUAUUUUAUUUGCACAUGGACAUUAUUACAAAACAACACUGACGUUGUAGUUUUUUAUUUUUCAGAUUAAAGAGAUGUCACUCUUUCUUUGUCAGCCUUGCAGAAACUCUACAUUAAAAAAAUAGGUAUUUCAUAUUUCUGUUCCCAUACCAUUGAAACACAUAAAUAUACAGUGUGUGAGUCAACAGCCUUUUAAAUGAUACUAGGUCGCUAGUUUGCUCAGGUAAAUAUUAUUAUUACUAUUAUUUAAAUUGAUAAUAACAGUAUUUUUAUUUUAUUAUUAAUAUCAUUAUGUUUU